AAAACGUGCAACAGGCAGGGACGUGUAAUGGAUCGAAAAGAGAAGCGCGUUUUAAACGAUUAUGUUUCUAGCAUUAUGAAAAUUUUGCAAUCCAAAAUUACAACUUUCAUCGGACGAUUGAUCGAAAACGUCUCAACAUCCGCUCAAAUAUCCAGCGACAAGAAAGAAGCAAUUUUUUGGAAGCUAUCGGAUCUCAACACGAAAAUGGAACAAUUGCAGACGAUUACCACCCUUCCGCCGAAUAUCCGUAUGAAAAUUGAUGCAUUGAAUAAGGUUCAGCUACAGCUGCUGUGCAAAGAAGCCGACUUUCACAAGCGAGUCUUCUCGAUGGAGUCCGAGUUUCAACAAAAUUUGAAUGAAAUCUACGAGAAGAGGCGACAGAUUGUGGACGGUUCAUAUGUUCCCACCAGGGAAGAUACGGAGAAAGGGGAUCAAAUUGAAGCGAAUCUAGAAGGUGAGGGAGAACAGUUCAAAGGAAUUCCGGAAUUUUGGUUGGGCGUGUUCAAGAUGGUACCAAUUCUCCAGUGUAUGGUCCAGGUUUCGGAUGAAAAAGCACUGAAACAUCUUAUUGACGUCAGAUCAAUAGUGAAAGAUCAACCUAAGACGAGCUUCGUGCUGGAAUUUGAGUUCGAACCGAAUCAGUUCUUUGAGAACACCACUCUCACCAAGGAGUAUCUGUUGGAAUGUGUGCCGGACCCAGAGAAGUUGUACUCGUUCAAUGGAUUCGAAAUUACCGAUACUGAGGGGUGCGAAAUUAAAUGGAAAGAAGGAGCUUGCUUGACGGCAGGGAAUGAAACAGAGAACAAUCCAAUGGCCAAUUCAUUUUUUAACUUUUUCAAUCCAAAAAAGUUGUUGGAGGGUGCUGAUCCUCUAGUAUAUGAACAUUUCAUGAAAGCGGAUUUUGAAAUUGGAUACUACAUCAAAGAACGAGUCAUUCCGAGGGCAGUCAACUUUUUUACUGGUGACUUUCUAAAUUCUGAGAUUGAUUUAGUGGAUUAUUUUAUGAGUUGUGUUCCGGAAGAGAAAGAAUCCGAUUCAAAUUAA